GGGCCGAAAGCCGGAAAUUUGAGCCCACAUUGGCUAUUAAUCCUUCGUGUCCUUAACAGCUCUGCGCGCUUACCCGCGAUAUUUUGAUUCUCAAGCUGUCCUACGGAGGCUUCUCCUCUGCAAUUCGCUUCUCUCCGCUCCAGCUUUCGAUUCCCUGCCUAUGGAGUCUCUAAUCAACGCUUCUUCUGCAGCGAUUGUCUCUUCUUCUUCCACUUUUCCUAUAUCUUCUCCCAACAGGAUGCUUCCUCUGAGAUCUUUUCAAGUUCCGCACGCCUCCAAAGGUAACGAGAACGAAUCUGAUUCUCAGUCUGACUCGAAGAAUAUCAGGAACCUUCCAAUCCUCAGUAAACGUCAUCUCUCCCUUUCCCCUCUUUCAAAGGAUGUUGCAAUGGGAGUGGUGCUUAGUGCAGCCACGGGAAGAGGGUGGACGACAGGGUCUGGUAUGGAAGGCCCCUCAUCUCCGGUCGGGUUGGAAGCCAAAUCAGGCACAGAGAAUGUCUCCACUUUCCCUUGGUCCCUUUUCACGAAAUCUCCUCGGCGAAGAAUGCUUGUGGCUUUUACUUGUAAAAUUUGUGGGCAACGUACAACACGGGCUAUUAACCCCCAUGCUUAUACCGAUGGCACUGUGUUUGUGCAGUGUUGUGGAUGCAGUGCAUACCACAAGCUUGUGGACAACUUAAACCUGUUUCAUGAAAUGAAAUGCUACGUUAACCCGAGUUUUAACUAUGGGAGUAAUGGGUGGGGCGAUGUGAACUUCAAAUAUCUGGACAUGGAGGAAGAUGGAAGCAACGAUAUAUUCCCGAAUCAAUGAGGAACUCAAUUUGGACAUAGAAGUUUGAAGACCAAGAUUCUGCGGGUCAUUCUUCUCUUUAAAAGGGUAUCAUGGACCAUUUCUUUUGCUAUUUUUAUACUGCAAUUUUCUACCACUAAGAUUAUUAAUAUUUUUGAAGUGA